AUGGUUUUAGAGCCCAACACUGUCAAUAUUUUCAAUAGUCCAGUCCUUUCACUACACAUCCUCGGGAAGCUCGGAGGCAGGCUGCUGCUCAAAUGCCUCAACUACUUUUUUAAGAACUCAAUUCUAAUCAUGAGCUGCACAAGCUUUCUUUUUUCCAUUUACUUCAUCCCUGGUCUACACCAACCGGUAAUUUUCUAUUCAGUACGUUGCUCAUGUGCAAGAAGUGUUUAUUUUUAUAUUAUGAUGAAUAGGACUUGGAGUUUUGUCAUCAAUAGGGUUAGGCACAGGAUUACACACUUUUAUAUUGUACUUACUCCCCCCCCCCCUCCGUGAGCGAACAAAACCAUUAGAAAAAUCGCCAUUUUUUGACCAAAAACCCACCCUCCGUGAGUGAACAAAAAUUUUUUUAAUAGAAAAAAUUUUAAUAGAAAAAAAAUUUUGAUAUAUAAGUGAUAAUUAGUAUAAUGAAAUCUAGAGCUAAUUCUGUUUAAUUUUAAACAAAUUGCGUUUUAAAACAUAAAUUUUGCAAAUUAAAUUAAUAUUUGCUUCCCAAUUUUGCAAAUUAGGAUUUUUUUAAAUUUCGAAAAAAAAUAUUUUUUAUAAAAAUUUAUAUAUAAAUUUUUUUAAAAAAAAAAAAUUAACCCCCCUCCGUGAGCGAACAAAUUUUUUUGUUCGCUCACGGAGGGGGGGGGGGGAGUUAGGACCUCACAUUGCUAAAGUUACGCUGGUAGCAUAUCAAUGUAAUUAUAUCCCUGCCAUGAUUCCCAGCCGAUGAAAUUAUCAGUCCUUUGAAGAUUGUCCUAAUCCGAAAUCGGAAGAAAUUUCAUUCUGGGCAAUUCUCCUUUCAGUUCAGCUAGAAAGCUUUUUGUGAGGAUUUGGGACUGCGCUAGGAGAGCUACCUCCUUAUUUUUUGGCUAAAGCUGCGAGGGCAGCAAAUGUAAAAUCAGAAGAAAUAGAAGAGCUGGAGCAUUUGAAUAAAAAGAGCUUUAUGGAUAGAGCUAAGGAAUUUAUGGCGAGAUCAUUAAAAAGACAUGGGUUUAUUACGAUUUUGAUAUGCGCUUCCAUCCCAAACCCUUUGUUUGACUUAGCAGGAAUUUUAUGCGGCCAUUUUGGAGUAUCUUUGUUGGUGUUUUUAGGAGCAACGAUUAUAGGGAAGGCUUUUAUAAAAGUCCAUAUACAGCUUAUUUUUACGAUUUUUCUAUUCAGUAAAAAUCAUAUCAAGUCAGUACUAGCAUUUAUUGAGUCUGCAAUUCCUGCGCUAAAAGGAAACUUAAGUAACUGGCUAGAAGCUCAACAAAAAGUAUUAAUUCCCACCCCAUCCGUGAGCGAAUAAAAAUUUUGUUCGCUCACAGAGGGUUAAUUUGUUUUUGAAAUUUAAAAAAAUCCCAAUUCGCAAAAAUUGGAAAACAAAUAUUUAUUUAAUUUGUAAAACUUAUGUUUUAAAAUGCAAGCUGUUUUAAAAUUAAACAGAAUUAGAUAGAGAUUUCAUUAUAAUAAUUAUCACUUAUAUAUCAACUUUUUUUUCAUAUGAAAUUUUUAUAUUAUAAAAAUUUUUGUUCGCUCACAGAGGGUGGGCUUUUUGGCAAAAAAUAGGGAUUUUUCUAAUGGUUUUGUUCGUUAUAGUAAGAGAUCCAACGUCGCAAAAUCACUCCAGGCCGCUGAUAAAUAUGAUUUGGGAAAUUAUCAUUAUUUUGAUGUUUGCAUUUUUUUUAGUUUCGAUUUUGAAUUCUCUGAUUCGGUCAGAGAUUUCAUCAAAUAACCAGAAAAGAGAAAUUAAAAGGAGCCAGAUAAAAAUUAGUCUAAAGCACAUAAGUUAG